AUGGCCAAGAUCUUCUUAACCGGUGCUUCGGGCUACAUUGGUGGCGAUUUCCUCUAUCUUAUCAACAAACUGCACCCCGAAUACCAAGUGAAGGCCUUGGUACGAGGUGCUGCCAAAAUUGAAGCUGUCAAGGAGGCCUUCGAUAGCAAUCAAGUCCAAGUAGUGGAGGGAGAUUUGGAUGAUUCCAGUCUCAUUUCUCGAGAAACAAGCGGAGCCGACAUUGUCAUCAAUCUAGCCGCUUCAGGACAUCUCCAAAGCGUAGAAGCAAUCCAUAAGGCUCUAUCUCCUAAAUCUAGAGAUCCCAGGCCCCCCUACUGGAUACAAAUAUCCGGAGGGAGUGUUGUAGCCGCGGCGGAGGUGACGGACAAGACUCGAAUCUCUGGUACAGGUAGCGAUGUUACCUGGGAUGAUCUUCUGGAUCUUGAGGCCUUGAAAACCUUCAUCAAGAAGUAUCCUUAUCGCAAAGUCGAUAAUUAUAUGCUGGACGUGGCUACCACUGCUCCUCACAUUAACACUGCUGUCGUCAUCCCUCCCAUGAUCUAUGGGCCCGGUCGUGGCCCGGUAAAUCAGAGGAGCGUGCAGCUCCCCGACCUUGCCAGAGAAACCUUGAAGCGUCGUCGAGCGUUUCAAGUUGGGCCUGGCGAGAGCCGUUGGAGCUCCAUCCAUAUUCGAGAUCUGAGCCAAGUCAUUGUCUGCCUUGUUGAGAAGGCAGUGGAGGGUAGGAAAGAAGAGAACCUCUGGGGGCCAAGAGGGCUAUAUUUCACUGGCGUAGGGGAGUUGUCAUUGGCGGAAAUAUCUACACGGAUCGCAUCAGCGGCAGCGAGCGCCAAACUUUUAUCUGACACGUCGGUUGAAGAGCUCGACGCAGAUCAGUUUGAAAGUCUUCUGCCUCACGGCAAUGUGUUGUAUGGAACCAACGUUCGAUAUGGGGCCAGCAGAGCUCGAAGGUAUCUCGACUGGGAACCUGAGGAAGAAAGUCUGGAGGAAACCAUUUCAGCGACGGUGCAAGCGGAGGCUAAGAAUCUUGGGCUUGUCCGUACGAGCGAGAGUCCUACUCGUCUCUAA